AUGAAUCUAGCACGUAAACAAAUCAUUGGCAUAAUGGAGAAAAAACUAAAGAAAGACUCAAGAUUUCUUUCCCGAACUAUUAAAGUAGCAGUCAAACAAUUACAGGUGCAGGCUGUGGUCAUCUCUUCUGAAGAAUAUGUAGAAUAUUCACAGGGAGCUCGUUCCAUUAUU